AUGCAGAACAGAGCCCAGGGCCUGAGCAUGGGAGUUGCGCCCGCGGCAGCCGACGAUGCCGCUGGCCGAAGAGCUUGUGAUCAAUGUCGAUUAAGAAAGAUACGCUGUGACAAAGACUGGCCAUGUGCCAACUGUCGCACGGCUAAACGAACUUGCACAUCCACGGGCGCCGGGCAGCGGCCCAAAGAACCUCGGCAACGGGUUCUCAUCUCAUCCCAAUACGAGCGAAAGAUUGACCAGAUCGAGAGCCGGCUUGGCAAUAUCGAGGUGCUCCUCAAGAACAUAGCAUCACCGGCGGCUUCCGUCCAGCUCCAUCUCGACCCUGCAGCCUUGGGCGCCACGCCUCCCACCGGCGGCAGCAGCAGCGUUCCCACGGCCGGCUCAACAUGCGACUACGCCAGUAGCGAAGAUGAAUCCGCGUACGGCGGCGACACCGGCCUGGUGGCCCAUACCGCGUUUGCCAGCGAGUUCCUGGAGAGCGCUGUCAGCCGCGCAUCGCUGCGCGACGUAAAUCCCAAGAUGGCCGCUGGCCUGACCAACCUCCGCCAGCUGGUCGAGAUGCAAAAGCGGCGGUCGAUAAGCCACGGUCCGCGGUUCCCUCUCCAACAGCCCGUCCCCGCCGGCGGCAUCUCCAAGCUUCCCAUGCCUCCCAUGCAGGCCGUCGUCACCCUGUUGAAGCACGCCAAAGCCGCCCCCCCAACAUUGUUCACCAUCAUGUGUUCCCUCGUAGGCCUGCCCGACUUCACCGGGCUGUGUCGUAGAGUCUACUUUGCAACCGAGGAGUUUUCCGAUGCCACCUUCAUCAUCGUCAACGCCAUGCUCUACAAUCUCUUCAUGGAGCAAGGUUCUCUUGCUACAGACCCCUCAGCACGGGACGAAUACCACGCGUACAUGCGACAAAGCCAGGCCAAUCUGGAAACUGCCCUUGCCAACACGCAGCUGUUCCUAGCGACCAGGGUGGAGAAUGUCCAGGCGUUGCUGCUGGGCGCCCUGUACGCUGUAGAUGUGUCACGUCCGUCAGUAGCCUGGCAGCUGGCCUGCAUGGCCGCCCAACUCUGCCAAACAGGCGGCUACCACCGCACAGAACCGUCAGAAUCGGACCCCCCCGAAACAGCCCGGCUGAAACGAAUACUCUUCUGGCACGUAUACACCCUCGACAAGAGCCUCGGGCUCCGCCUCGGCCGCGCUCCCGUCAUUCACGAGUGCGACAUUGACAUCCCGCGGAUAUUCGAGUUCGACGGACUGGGACACCCAGAGGCCUCGGCGCUGGCCACGCUCUGGAUCGAGAUGAGCUACUUGCAGAGCAGGAUAUACGAGGAGCUCUACAGCCCCAGUGCCUUGAAACGUCCGCAGGCGGAGAUUGUCGAGCGGGCACGAGCGCUGGCAAGCGCGUGUAGGGAGUUCGAGGUGGAGGCGGACGAGUGCCGCGCCUCGACGUAUCAGUAUCUCAAGGCGGUGAAUUCCUCCGAUCUGGUAGACUUGUUCUUGCUCGGGGACGAGGUUCAGUACCAGGUUACGUUGACUCUGGUCUACCGCGUGAUUCCCGCGCCAGAGGGAUCGGUCACUCGUUUCUGCGAUGAGUGCUUGCAGACGGCGAGGAAAGCGAUGAAGGUCCAUCAGGAGUGCACCAAGCGUUCCACCAUUGGGGGGUUUUUUCGGUCCAUAUAUAUUCACUGGAACCUGCUCCUGACACCGUUUGCGCCCUUCUUCGUGCUCUUCUGCUAUGUCAUCGAGACAGCUUCCCUAGACGACCUGCAGCUGCUCCAAGAGUUUGUUCACUCGCUCGACGAGGCAAGGGUGGCGUCGGAAACAAUCGAGAAGCUCUAUCGUCUCUGCCAAGUCAUGUGCGACGUGGCCGGUCUCUAUGUGGAAGCCAAGUCUCAGCAGCGACAGGACCAGGCCAUGGUCCCCAUUGGAGACGAGUUCGAAAUGUACCUCAGCCAGCUGGGCUUCAUGCCCACAGAGGACCAGAGCUUGGCCAACGCAAGUGCCGCAACCGGUCCUCCCACUCUCACCGGACAAGCAGCCCAACUAGCGGACUGGUUCUCCGGAAACCGCAACAUGAUGGGAUUGUUGGAGGAAGAUUUGUCGCAAAUAGAUCCGUAUAGAUGGAUGCAGCAGCACCAACAGCAGCCGCCGCAGCAAAACGGCCCAUGUCAGAUGCAGCAACAGCAUACACCCAUGACGUAG